CGCCGAUCCGAGGAGUCCGCGCGGACCGCCAAGUUUCCAUGUUCAUGUCAUUCUUUGUUCCCCUGCGUCCUGCUGGACCGGCCCUUGACCCACUCCUACGAGGCAGGGGCCACAGUCGAGCGCCUCCCGCAGCUCGCGCCCACUGCCGAUGCCCACCCUGCGGGCGGGGCCAACCCCGCGCUGGCAGUGUCGUUGCUGGUGGCUGCUGCCGCCGGUGCCGCUGUGGCGCUGUGGGCCGAGCGUCGAGCGAUCUUGGCGGCGGCCAGGGGGCCGAGCGGCGGAUCUUCGGACAGGGGCGAGUUGGAUGUGCCGGCGGCGCAGGAGGAGGGCAAUGCCGCUGAGACCAAGGUGCAGCAUGAGGCUUCGGAGGACGGGCCAGCACAGUCGUGCGGGGAGCCUGACGAGGAGCCGCCAGCGGAUACGGCUGCGGUCCUCUUCAUUGCAGCAGAGCCUCUGUGCGUUGGCGCUCCGCUCGGCGCUGAGGACAAGUCUGCGAUAGUGAAGCAGAGAUCCAGGCGGAAGCCAAGGCGGCGAUCAAGGUCGCCGAGGAAGUCGAGCUUCAGCCUUGUCGGCAGUUGGCUCGCGAAGAUGGAGGCCAGUUCAGGCGACGGCGAGUGUGUGCCAGCACCGUUGGUGGAAGUCGUGCGGACGGUGGACUGUGUUGAGAGGUUUGCCACGCUGGUAUCGGUGAACAGGGCCGGGGUGGACGAGGAUACCACGCUGCCGCAACUGUCACGUGAUGCGGCUUUCAAGGGGUCACAGGUGAAAGCCACACUGGAGGCCUCGUCUAAGCCCAGGGGCCGUCGGAAGAACAGGAGCUCUGACCCCCGAUCAGAAGAGAGCCGCGGUGAAUCUAGGCAUGCCGAGGAAGAGGACCAGCUUACGAGGAAGCGGAAGAAGAAACGCCCCAGUCCCAGAGUGGUGGAACACAUGUCUGAGUGCAGGCACAAGACAGCUGACAGGAGGGAAGCGAAAAGCUUGUCCAUCGAGGACCACCUCGAGAUCCUCGGCCUUCCACCAGAUGCGGGAGCCGCGGACAUUCGGAGGCAGUAUUACAUCGCUAUCAAACGCACCGCUGGCGACACCACUGGCCUUUCGAAAACUCUGGCGGAUGCCCAGUUUCAGCAGAUCCAGAAGUCUUACCGCGUGCUCAUGGCUCAUUUUCAGAAGGGGCGGCUUUGAGUUAGAUGUCAAACUGGUGAUGCUAUCGAUGGCAGUAGUGGUGGCGUUUUGGCGACGAUGAUGACCAGGAUGACCGCGACACCGUUCAUGACGCUGAUCAGAAUGAAUAUUGUGGCGAUGACGAUUGCUAGGCAGGCGUGCCUUCUCCACUUGGGUGUGCCCGACUCCUCUCCGUGGCCAGCUCUCAGGCUCCAUUUCGGCGUGCUGGGCCGAUUGCUUUGCCGGGUCCGAGGCUUUUCCCGUACCAGAGCGUUGCCCUGAGAGCCGCGAGAUUCCAAUCGGUUGGCCAUGUUUGGCAGAGGUUCGGGCGGGGCUCGGACGAGGAUCAAUCCAUUUCAAAGUUCUCGAUUUAUCCUCGCCCGAUUGUAUCCUCGCCUCAGCUUCGUCUUAGGCUCACUCGUUGCAGCUUUUCUGAUGACACGCGCCUCGUGUCAACUGUUUCGUUAUGUAGGAUGAAACUCAUGGGAUGCUUUUCAAAUGGUCGG